UUUUCAGCACUUCUACUCGGACUACUGGAUGCGGGGGAGGAGGGGAAGAAAGAAACAGGAAAGAAGAUCAACCACGCUCAGGGCAUGGGAUGGGAUCCUGCUCUGAAAUCUUGCCUGACUGUCUUGUCUCCUUAAGGCUUUUGUUCUCUUUUGAGCAUUCUCGGGAGCAGGCACAGAGGAGGGGUGAGAAGUUGGAAGUUUGCAGCUCAUGAAAAAGCCGGAUCCCACAGGAGGAAUAACAGUUCCAUUCAUGAAUUCAAGUAAGAGAGUAGAUUUGAAAAUAAUUAUCAUUGGAGCUUUGGGUGUAGGGAAGACCUCGCUCCUCCACCAGUAUGUUCACAAGAAAUUUUACGAAGACUAUCGAACCACCCUGGGAGCCAGUAUCCUGUCCAAAGUGGUAGUUGUGGAUAACACCCCACUGAAAAUGCAGAUUUGGGAUACUGGAGGGCAGGAACGAUUCCGGUCCAUGGUAUCCACUUUCUACAAAGGCUCAGAUGGCUGCAUGCUGGCCUUUGAUGUCACGGACAUGGAUUCCUUUGAGUCCUUGGAUGAUUGGAGGGAAGACUUUCUGCAGAAGGUUGUCCCUAUGGAGCAAGGUUUCCCUAUGGUCGUGCUGGGGAAUAAAAUUGAUUUGAGGGAUCGGCAGGUGUCCAAGGAGGCAGCUUCAUCCUGGUGCAAAGAAAAGGACAUUGCAUAUUUUGAAGUAAGCGCCAAGAAUGAUAUCAAUGUGGUUCAGGCUUUUGAGACUCUAGCAAGACAAGCACUAUCAAGGUACAAAGGGAUCAUCGAGAACUACCUAACUGAUUCUAUAAAGCUCACUCCUGAAGACCAGCCCAGGAUAAAAUGUUGCUGAGAUGUCAUUUGGAAAGGGAUGGCAUUUCCAGGUUUUUGCAUGGAAGAGCCACUGAAAAGUCCCUCUUGCGUCUUCCCCAUCAGGGAUGGAGAAAUAACUGAAGUAAUAUUGUUCUCCAUUUGCAAGCAAAGGCCAUAAUUACUGGCAAUUACUGAACAUGUAGAUGAAAAUCAGCCUGAAGUAUCUGGAUUAUAUUAGCCCAUCCAAACUGGACUGUGGUUCUGAUCCUACUACAGACCUGUUGGUUGAAGUACCUCCAUGAAGAGACUUGAUACAUCUGUCUGUGCUCUCAUUUUGAUACUGUCUUCCACUUUUUUGUUGUGGUCUUCUGGUUGAGACAGGCAAACUGCCAUCUAUUUCUAGAUAUUCAGCCUUUGGUGUGUGGCAUGCAAAUACAGUACAUUCCUGAAUGAUAGCCCAACACAAGCAUGAUAUGAGCCAAGGCAGAGCCCUCAGUGCCCUCUUAGUUUGUACAGACUGAAUUUUCAUUGGAAAUGCAAAAUUCAUGUUUGUUCAGCAAAUAUGCAGUGGCUAAGUCAUUCCACAAGUUGCUUAAGUUGAAGAUGAUACUAUAAAUGUAGCUUUUAAAAAAAUCAUUCUCAGGAAAGAGGCAUUCCUAACUGUAAGAAUACAACCCAGUACAGUCCCACUUUACAGGCAUGCACAUUUAUGAUAUGUGCAUAGAGGCACUCAUGUUACUGAAUCAUUCUCACUGCUGUUUUUCUAUAUAUUAUAGAAAUUUCCUACCAUGCAUUUCUCCAAGUGUUAGUAGAACCAGUGGAGACCUCCCCUCCCACCCGCAACACACACACACAUACAUUUGUGGUGGGAUGUUGCACACCUAGAAAGCAAAAUGACAGAGAGCUGUUGUGUUACAGGGAUUUGUGAAACUGGGACAAUGCCUGCCUUGAAUGAGAGGUCUGCAAAGUGGAGCAAUAGGAAAUGGUACUGAAGUUUAAAAAAAGAAAAAGAAAUAAUAGAUAGAAUCUGAGCAUGAAAAUAUAGUAGAAACUUGAAAGAGAAUACAGGCAUGUUUGGCAAGGAAGGAAAUACCUUGAUUUUCUGGAUGCCCUUUUCUUUCUUAGCACUGUUCUGGAGCCUUAGGGCGCCCUAGCCAGGACAUGUUUUUAACAUGGACGAACAUGGCUUAGCCUGAGAAAUGAACAUGUUGCGAACGAAGAAAGGAAAUAAGCCACAAGGCAAGUUUAGUAACUGAAAUGAAGGUGAACUGCCACAUGAGUGGGAUACAUCGGUUUGUGCUAAAAUAUGCCUAUUUUGUGAAUGUAAACUUUGCAUUGGCUAGAAUGUAAAUUCAGUUCUUCCCAUCCCGCCUCACCCCAGCAUCAUCCUCUAUAUAAGGGAAGUCUAAAAUGUUUGGAACUUUCUAGUUUAGAAAAAAAAGUGUGGGGGGCAGACAUGAUAGAGAUUUAUUUUAAAAAAUGCAUGGUAGGAAAAUAUAGUUUUUUCUCCCUCCCUCCCCAUUCUAGAAGUCAUGGUCACCUAACGACAUUAACUGGCAGCAGGUGUAAUAAUAGAAAGCACUAAUUCCUUAUUAUGUGUAAUUAACAAGGAAGUCACUUCUGGGUGUAAUUAUGACAACUCAUUUAGAAGCUUAUAAAAUGGGUUAGACAAAUUAAUGGAAGGUAGAUCCAUCAAUGACUAUUACCAUGAUAGCUAAAUAAUGGAACCUGCAUGUUCAGAUACAGUUCACUUCUCAGUAUAAAGUAGGUCAUGUCUUGCUUGCAGACUUUCUGAAGGCACCUGGCCACUGUUGGAAACAGGGUGCUAUAACAGAUGGACCCCAGAUCUUAUCCAAUAGUGAUAUCCGUAUGUUCUUAUGUAUUUGCUCCUCAUGUGAGCAUGCUGAAAGGCCCCCUGUUGAGUUGAAAUGCAUUACUUGUGAAUUCUAUACAUAUGUGAUAGGCAGAAACCAUAUUCAGAAAUAAAGCUCUCACACUGAAUCAACUUGAGAGCAGAGAACAGAACCACAUCAAGUAGUCGCGCCCCAUGACCUCUGCAUAUUCAUUAUGUUCACAAUGAACAUGCAAAUAUAAGAGUUGUGGCAAGUUAGCAUGCAUGAAGUUGGAGGUGAGGCUAUUCAGUGCUGGUCCUGCUCAUACAGAUAUUCCAUGCAUGAGCAUUGUUUCUGAAUAUAGUAGAGUCAUUUUUAAAUCAACUGUACAGUCUAGCCAAUGUUGAUGCAGAGAAUGCAAGAAAACACUAGUUUCUGCAGUCACCUUGCAAUGAAGAUCUGCGUAAAUCACAGUCUUGUAAAAGGAUCAACAUAUAGUCUGAGUCAACACACUCACAAGUUGAUUUUGGGAAUCUGCACUUUCAGGCUAUUUUGUGAAAUGCCUUGGAAUUCAGCUUUGGCUGACAAAGACAGGGCGAAUUUUACUUUGGUUAUUGCAAUGCCACCCUGUUAUAUCUUGCAAAGGAGCAGCCGCUUCCACAGAACUUUCCUGAUUCACUAAAUAGGAUGGUGAUCUCCAAAGUCCAUCACACACAGCCCACUGAAAUCACCCCAAGACUUCUGUUAAGUCCUGUGAGUUAGGGUUUUGGUGAAUAGCUACAAUUGCAUUAGCCAGAAUGUAGAUUGUGUAAUACAUUCAAUCUGGUAUUAGAAAAUGCAUAGAACUGUGUAGAAAAGUUUUUUUUAAAAAUGUGAAAAAUGCCAGGUGUGUGAGCCUUCUCUUGUAUGCUGCUACAGAGCAGGGGGUGAACCCGAACUCAUCAGCUCAUAAAGAUAUCCAAGUUUAUUGCUUUAUCCUGCCACCAAUUCCCGUGGGCAGCUAUUUCCUGUAUAUUCAGCAGGAAUAUAUUAACUUGCCAAGAGUUAGGUUUGAGUUUGCAAGCACAGCCCAGUAUAAGCUGUAUUUGUAGGGAGGGUUGAAACUGAAUAAAUGUCAUGGCAAAGGCAGAGCCUAAUCAAGAAUGCAGUCGCAUCCAUGUCUGGCUGCUGUGUCAGCUGUUGGGCUGAUAUAUCAUGCCUUUUUAACAGUUACAGUCUUGAGCAGGAUUCUUAGAAAUGUGGCAGUGCUGAAUGUUUAGAAAAAAAAUUCAGCACUGAUUUGCUUAGUUUCUAACCUGUCCUAUUGAUCAGGGUCAGUCUAGGCAACAAGUUGAAAAUAUUAUACAUGCUCAACGGAUAUUGCUAAGAUACAUAUACAACUAAAAUAACCCCACACUUAUCCUCAACCACUAAAUGCCUGCUUAAAUUCAAACUCCUUGCAUCACUUUUGGAAAGUGUCCAGGCCUAGCCUUUGGCUGUUCUAUGGGGAAAGGAAGUAAAUGAACCAAAUGCCAUUCAUGAAUUGUCACUUAGGCUCCUAAUUCCCUCUAUGAGCUUAUAGGAAGUAAGAACACUUCUUUCCAGUUGUAGUUGCUCAACAAAGUUGCAACUGUGAUUUGAUGGUGGUGUGAUCCUGUUUUUGCUCUCUGUAUAGGGUUCAUAUUAUUUCAGUAUAAGAUCUUCCUAGACACCACUGUUCUUUACUUUAUGGCCUCCUCAUUUUCCCUGAUCUCAUCAGGAAAAUUGAAGCCAUCAUGAGGCGUAUAUAGGCUAACCUCUUGACAUCUCUGCAAAACUCACUGUAAUGCACCAUGAUGGUCUCAAGCCGUGGUUUCCAGCUAUCAGAUUUUGGCACCUUAGGUCCUGCACCACCAGAUAGCCAGACCACGCUCCACAGAGCAAGGACACCCUCUAGUUCUGUCAGCCUGAAAGUGGUUAGUUGACCUUGCAGGCAAGUGUAUAGGCACAAGGUCCUAGAAAAUCAUUUCUUCUGGUCUAGCAGUCUAAGCAACUUUAUCUAGACAAAUCAUCAUCAUCAUCUAAAUUUCUAUCCUGCCUUUCCUCUGAAAGGAGCCCAGGGAAGCAACCACCAAAGUGGUAAAACAAUACAAUUAAAAAUAGGGCCCAAAAUUAUUGAUAUUGGGGGAGUGCUGUU